AAGCAACAGUUAAGUCGGCACAAACAAACUGGUGAAUUCUCAGUGUAUAAAAAGGAAUCAUCAUAGGCAUAAAUUCCGGGAUUCACCACUCCACUUAUCUUUCCUUCUUCCCUCUCUUAUUUAUUUUUCAAAAACCCUCCGCGCCACAGUGGCAGACGAAACAAAGAAUUCUCUCAUUUAUUUUCAACAUUGAUCCAAACCCUAGUUUCCGUCGGAGUUAGGUAAAAAGAAAAGGAAAAAAGAAGAGAAAAUGCCUAGAGAAAUUAUCACUCUCCAAGUGGGACAAUGUGGUAACCAGAUCGGGAUGGAAUUCUGGAAACAACUAUGCCUCGAGCACGGCAUCAGCAAAGAAGGCAUUCUUGAGGACUUCGCUACUCAGGGAGGUGACAGGAAAGAUGUCUUUUUCUAUCAAGCUGAUGAUCAGCAUUACAUACCUCGAGCCUUACUAAUAGAUUUGGAACCCAGAGUGAUCAAUGGAAUCCAAAACAGUGAAUAUAGAAAUCUAUACAAUCAUGAGAACAUCUUUGUUUCAGAUCAUGGUGGGGGUGCUGGAAAUAAUUGGGCCAGUGGAUAUCAUCAGGGGAAAGGGGUUGAAGAGGAUAUUAUGGACAUGAUUGAUAGAGAGGCUGAUGGAAGUGAUAGUCUUGAGGGAUUUGUUCUAUGCCAUUCAAUUGCUGGAGGAACAGGCUCAGGUAUGGGUUCAUAUUUGUUGGAGACUCUAAAUGAUCGCUAUAGCAAAAAACUGGUUCAGACAUACAGUGUGUUUCCCAACCAGAUGGAGACAAGUGAUGUGGUGGUCCAGCCCUAUAACUCACUCUUGACGUUGAAGCGACUGACACUAAAUGCUGAUUGUGUUGUUGUUCUUGACAAUACUGCCCUGAAUAGAAUUGCUGUGGAGCGCCUACAUCUACAAAAUCCCACAUUUGGUCAAACUAAUUCUUUAGUUUCUACUGUAAUGUCUGCAAGUACAACCACUUUGCGCUAUCCAGGAUACAUGAACAAUGACUUGGUUGGCCUUCUUGCCUCUUUAAUUCCAACACCAAGAUGUCAUUUUCUUAUGACAGGAUACACACCACUCACUGUGGAGCGCCAGGCUAAUGUGAUCCGUAAAACUACUGUACUAGAUGUUAUGAGAAGACUUCUGCAGACGAAAAAUAUUAUGGUUUCUUCUUAUGCUCGAACAAAAGAAGCCAGUCAGGCGAAGUACAUUUCAAUAUUGAAUAUCAUUCAAGGAGAAGUUGACCCCACUCAGGUACAUGAGAGUUUGCAGAGGAUUCGUGAAAGAAAGCUUGUCAAUUUUAUCGAGUGGGGCCCUGCAAGUAUUCAGGUUGCUCUCUCUAGGAAGUCUCCUUAUGUUCAAACUGCCCAUCGGGUUAGUGGGCUCAUGCUAGCAAGCCAUACUAGUAUCAGGCAUCUCUUCAGUAAAUGUUUGAGUCAAUAUGAGAAGUUGAGAAAAAAGCAAGCCUUUCUUGACAACUACCGGAAGUUUCCGAUGUUUGCUGACAAUGAUCUUUCAGAAUUUGAUGAAUCGAGAGACAUAAUUGAGAGCUUAGUUGAUGAAUAUAAGGCUUGUGAGUCCCCAGAUUAUAUCAAAUGGGGAAUGGAGGAUCCUGACCACGUUCUAACAGGAGAAGGCAAUGCUACUGGAACUGUGGAUCCUAAAUUAGCAGUGUGAACAAACCAAGGAAGGUGCUUGUGAAUUCUCUCCUUCAUGUAAUUUUCCAGAACCAAUCAAAGUAUAACAUUAAUAUCAUUGUUUGCUGGAAAUGACUUUUGGUUGCAUAUACCAACCUGUUUCCUCCGUGGUUUACACUGUAGAUCUGGUCAUCUGAUUUAAUUGUGGAAGCUUCUUUUACUUUGCAGUCAGAGAGCUAAGUACCUUAUGAUUUGCUCUACAGGAUGUAGACUGGUGCUGAAAGCCUGUGAAGGAGGACUGUAAUUAAAGUUGGGUGCAUUUGUUUUUGAGUUAUUCCUGUAUUAACAUUUGAUAAUUUGUAAUGCGAUUGAGGUGUUGGGUGUAUUUUUCAAAUAUUUCCUGAUCUUGAUUGAUACCUGAGACUAGAAGUGCAGAAUCUCACUGUAUCUAUUAGGUUUCCUAGCCUUUACCGAUGUCUGUUUAGGUGCCCUGGAAUCUAAAGAAAGCCAGGCAACACAACUGCAGUCAGAAUUUCAUAUUUCUGGCGUAGGCCUCUGAGGUAUGAGGCAGGUUUUUUUUGCUUAUUGUUUGUUCUUCAUCUUUAGUUUUCCAAUACUUAUUCUGGUGUAAAUGUUUUUAUCUGUUGAAAUUCGUCUUGAGAAAAAAAUAUCAUGUUACCGCGCCAUGUGGCCUAGUUUAUUUAACUAUU